UUAGUAUUCAUUUUACACCUCCGUCAUAGUGAGUAAAAUAUACAUGGUAACGAUUAAGUAAUUAUUUUGUUGGGAAAAAUAAUAAUUUUACAAGGCAAAAAAUAUAUAACUAAUUAUAUAUCUGUGUAAAAAGUGUAUUUGUCCAUAAUAAAUUAACAAUGUCGACAAAUAGUUUGAAAAGUCUAUUCACUUCUUCUAUUCGAACUGGCAAUAUUGGAAAGUUUCGAAAUAUAAUAAAUUCAAUAAAUAUAUCCGACCAAAUCACAUCAACUGGCUGGUAUACGGCAUUGAAAAGAGCUCUAAAGUACAAACAUUUCAAAAUAGCCAAAUUGCUGCUUGCGAACCACGCCAACGUUUUCAAAACUUCUGAUCCGCGGUUAAAUCCGUUGCUUCAUUACACUAUAAAAAUUGGAAAUUUAUCAAUCGUCAAACUACUUUUGGAACGAGGUGCCGAUGUUAAUUCCGAAGAAUCAAAUGGUGUUACUGCACUUCAUGUUGCUGUUUUACACCAACAUUUGACAAUUGUUCAGUGUCUAUUGAGAGAAGGUGCGUUGGUUAAUUUGAAAUGUACUUUGCCUGACAAAGCGGGUUAUACAGCACUUCAUUUGGCUUGCGAAAUUCCCAAUGAUGACUUUGCCAGAGUAUUGCUAGAUAGCGGAGCCGAUGUCAAUUCAAAAUCAGUGGACGAUAUACAGCCAAUUCAUAUCGCUGUUUUAUGCGAAAAUGAAAAGAUUAUUCACUUGCUUUUGCGUCGUGGCGCGAAUAUCAACUCUCAUUACCAAGACUGUAAUAUACAAAGUAGAUAUUUUUACCCACCGACACUGUUGAGUUUUGCUGUUGAGACUAAAAAUUUAAAUGUCGCGAAAAUAUUGAUAAAAUAUGGGGCCAGUAUUUAUGCUCAAGAUGACAAUGGGAAGACUUUAUUGAUGUAUGCGGUUGAAAAUAAUGACAUAGAAAUGGUGAAGCUUCUCUUGAGCAACGGAGCUGUUGUUAAUGAUUUCGACAAUGUGGGAAGAACGGUGCUCAAUUUUCUGACUUGCAAUAAUACAUUAUGCAAAUAUAACUCUAUUUGAUCAGAACGUUAAUUUAAAUCUAAUUCAUGAAAUAUUAUAAAGAUUUGAAAAAAAAAGAAAUCUUUUUGUUUAAAAACUAUAUAUACUAUUGUUAAUACAUCAAUUUAUCAUAUUAUGAUAUAAACAUGAAUGUAAUUCGAGUUUUUGGGAACCGAAAUGAAUUGAGAUUUAUGUAACAAAUAGUAAUAGAAAUUUUUCACAACUUAUUUUU